AUGUUUUCCCAAUCCCUGAGUUUCCCCUCCCUGCGACUUUUGGACGUCGUCAACAGGGGUAGGGCUCGCCGUCAGCGGCUGCCCGGCGGCGCCACCGCCUCUGCAAAAUCGUCUCCCUUCUUCUUGCAGGUGGGCAGGAACGACGGAGCUCCGGAGUUCAGCAAUGGGGAUCCGGCGUCCUCUCCCAUGAGCAGCGGGUUCAUCCCUCCUGCGUUAAGCCGAGCGGACGCAGUGGGCGUCAUCGGCGGAGUGUCUGCCGCCGCCACCCUCAAUUUCUUGGAGAAACUCGCCGCCGGGUGCGGCGGUGAGGAAGGGGAGGGGGCGCCCCCCUUCAUCGUCUGCAGGGACCCGACCCCGUUCAGAGAUUUUCCCUCGAAGAAGAAGGGAGGAUGGAGGAGCUCGUCUGCGUCUUCCUCUUCGUCUUCUUCCUCCUCCCCACAUGGAGAAGGCGCAGAGAGCAGCAGCAGCAGCAGCUUCUUCCAGCAAGACGGCGCUCGGCUGGUGGAAAAUCUCCGCUGCAAGCGGCUCUUCCUGGAGAGCUCCGGGGCGAGGUGCAUAGUCAUGCCCUGCCAAAUCUGCCAUUACUGGCACCGCGAGAUCUCCGAUGGCUGCUCCGUCCCCUUCCUCCAUGUGGGCGACUGCGUCGCCAAGCAAGUCAUGGCGGCGAAACUGAGACCCGUCGAAGCCGGAAGCAAUGUCCGGAUUGGGAUUCUCGCCUCUAAUGCGACCUUCGCCGCCACCUUGUACCAGGAGAAACUUCAGAGCCUGGUCCAUCCUCUCUCUCUUUCUCUCUCUCUGAGGUCUGCUGCGGUGGGGAUUUGUAGCGGCUGCUGAUUAGGGUUUUGCUUCUUCAGGGACUCGAGGUCGUCUUGCCGGACAAGGCAACCAUGGAGCACACGGUGCUGCCCGCGGUGGAAGCUCUGAGGAGGAAGGACAUGCAGGGCGCGAGAACCCUGCUGAGGAUAGCUCUGCAAGUUCUUCUGGUAGGCGCGGUGAACACGAUCGUCCUCGCUUCCGACGACCUGCGCGGGCUCCUUCCACGGGACGAUCCCCUCCAGAAGAGAUGCAUCGACCCCGUGGAUGCCCUGGCGAGGUCGGCCGCCGACUGGGUCGCUCAGAACUCCGGCGAAUCGCUCUGA